CAGCCUACCUCUACCCCAGCCGCUCCUGUCACCAACAGCAGACAGAGAAAUAGGCGUUUUCUAGUUCCUCCCCCACCCUUUACUUUUUCCGGGUACCCGCGAGUCAGUUGGGGAAAGGCAGCUUUAACCCCGGCUGAUAGUCUGUGACCUGUGUCUGUCUCCUGGAUGAAUUCUGCUGGGAGAUGGAGCACAGCAGGUUUCUCUCUGGCCUGAUACUGGCUGCCCUUCUCUCCCAAGUGAAUCCCAGCGAUCUAAAACUGAUGGAACUAGAGGACAAAGUAAUUUUGAAAUGCAAUUCCAGCAUCACAGUGCUACAAGGAACAGCAGGACAAGAGGUGUCAGGCAAUAAAAGUCUGGACUUAGGAAAACGUAUCCAGGACCCAAGAGGAAUGUAUCAGUGCGGCAAUGAAAAUGCUAAAUCUACUCUGCAAGUAUACUUUCGAAUGUGCCAGAACUGUGUGGAGCUGGACUCAGCCACCCUGGCAGGCAUCGUCAUCACCGACAUCAUUGCCACUGUACUCCUUGCUUUGGGUGUCUACUGCUUUGCUGGACAUGAGACUGGAAGAUUCUCCAGGGCUGCUGACACUCAAGUUCUGAUGGGGAAUGACCAGCUCUAUCAGCCCCUUCGAGAGCGCAAUGAUGCUCAGUACAGCCGUCUUGGUGAUAAGUGGGGUCGGAACAAAUGAACCUGAGGCUGGUGGCUUCUAGGCACAUCAGUUAUCAACUGGACCAUCUCUCCUUGCUCAGUCAAGAAAGAUGUCCUCCUCUGCUUAGCAGGUGCCCGGAUUUUUGAAGGUUCCUGGGCAUGGCAUGGCAGUGCUGCCCACCUGUGUCCUUCCUUCAUGACUUCUGUCCUCUGCCCCCCAUGGACUGUGUGAUGGGUGAUCUUUCACCAUAUCCUGGCCCACUGGUGUUUCUGUCCCACUGGUGGGCUCCCUGGAUGCAGGACCGGCCUGCUGCAUUCUCUUGGCUCCAGUCCCCUGUUAAAUCCUUCUACAGCUUUGACUUCCUCACCGCAGGCGAGGGUGGGCUGCUGUCUUUAUGUACACAGCCACAUAGAAGUUUCCAUGACAUCACAAGUGGAGGUAGCAGAGACAUCGAGGGCCCUGGGGAAUCACUUCUAAUCAAGGGUCUGAGAAUGUGCAGGACAAAGUCCCGCUUCUCCUAAGUGGCUGGCCCUGGCUUUAUGAUCCCUGUGGACUGGUAGCCACCAACUAUGCGGAGGUUUCAGUCAAGGCCUCUUUAGUACCCAUUUCCCUGUAUAGAAGGUACCAUUCUGUUUUCUUUCCCUAGAACCUGUCCCUGCUCCGCCCUGCCUUCUGCAUAAUAAAUUGGCAUCAGAACCUCUUCAUCAUUUAAAACAUGUGAUCUUUUUCCACUCACUUGGAAAGCUGGAGUCUGAGACCGGGUGGGGAAUUGGGAUAUUUUCAAUAGAUGUCAUCUUUAGCCAUUGGGUUAGUAUUUGUUCUGAAACUUUGGGAUUUAUUUUAAAAAUACAGUGACUUUUCCUGGCAGUCCAGUGGUUAAGAUUCUGCACUCCCAAUGCAGGGGGCCUGGGUUCAAUCCCUGGUUGGGAAACUAAGAUCCUGCAUACUGCAAAGCCAAAAAAUUUAAAAAAAAAAAAUUUAAGCACAACUUGAAAAAAAAUAAAAAAUACACUUGGGUCCCACUUGGGAACGUGCUUGGGUCUCCAGGUAAUUCUGAAGCAGCUCCAAUUCAAAGACUCUCUGGUUUAGAGGAAGAAUUGAAGCCACUUCUUCUUUUGUGUCCUUUAUGCCCAUUCCUGUCUACCACGGGUGGGAAACCCUCUUUCUAUUCUCUGUGUAAGAGUAAUUCAAGGAACUUCAGGGCAGUUUAAUGAGAGCGGGAGUUUCUUAGGCCAAGGUUCCCAAAAGAGAAAAUUAUUAAUAACCACAUAGCCAGAGAUCUGGAUAAUUCUUCCCUAUCUCCUUGAGAUACAUACAGACUCUGACUCUGUUAGAGACAGAAUGCACUUCCGAUUUACAAUGCUUCAUUCAUGGUUAUGAGUUAUUCCUUCCCUUUAUACCCUUCUGCUGCAGUCCUAGCCCUAGAUCCCUCUUUUACACAGGAUCCGUCCUCCCCGGGCAAGGCUUCCACGGCUUGCACUGACCGAUGCUCAUGUCCUUCCCUUGCACUGCACACUUCCUUUGACCCUAUGCUCCUCAUGUACCCUUACAUCCCCCUCUACUACUCACCAGUUCUCAACAUUUGCUGUACACUGGAUCUCCCGGGGAGCUUUCUAAGUCCUGAUGCCUGUGUGCCACCCUCCAGAGAGUCUGAUUAUAUUGUGCCUCAAGCGAUUCAAAUGUGAAGUCAGGGUUGAGAAACACUGCCCUUCACCUGAGCCCUUCUGGAAACUUGGGUCCCUUCAGCUGCCUCCCUUUUUUUGUGCUUUUAAAACAGCUUUAUUGAAGUAAAGUGCGAUGAAUAAACUACA